AUUUUUCUUAUAUUUUAAAGACACACACACAAUCUGCGAUUACACUCUCAAGUGUGUACGCCGAAUCGUCAUCGUUAUCUGCUGUUCGCCCAGACCUGUUCGCCGCCGGCUAUUCGUCCCUAGUCGUUAUUGUUGUGUCGACGCCAAAAACAACAGCUUUAGCCGUAAUAAAGCAUAUUAAGUAAUAUAUUUUUUUCUUACUCGAAAGAAGCAAGUACACACACACACUCACUCAAGUAUUAAAAAAAACCGCACGAGACAUGACGGGAUCGCCGCGGUUUUUUAGCACUUCCACCGUGCGGACCACCACGAACAUCAUCGCCAAGUUAAACUUUUGGAUUAGCUUAGUGCAACUGAUUAACAUCAUAAGAACUAUACACCCUGUGUCGGACAUAAGAUGCAGUAGACAAACCGGACAGACCACGUGGUUCUUAAAUGAAACUAGCAUAGACAGAGAUCAACUACAAUACGAACAUAUUUUCUCCUUGUUGUCCAUGUUGUUCAUUGUCGUCUUAAUGGUCUAUGUGAAUUUUUACUUGAGCUUAGCUACUUCUGAACACGAAGUUUACCGAGUCCAUCAAUGGUUGGUGAUAUACACAAUUAUCUUUGUGUUUUCUUUGGUAUUCCUCGUCGUGCCUGCGUUCAUCAUACCCAAUAUCGGAAGGUUCCUAUUCGGAAUAGUUAUAACCCUGUUCGAGGCGUUCGGACUGUACGUGGUGAGAAUCUUCUACCACGACGAGAUCGAGUACGUGCAGGCCGUGCAAAACCGGGCUGCCGUCAGUGCGGUCCAUUCUUAUGCCAGCCAAACGUCUUCGGCGCCGCCCUUGAACUGCGCGGUCCAAGCCGGGCAGCCGUACGUCAUCCAACGCGUGCAGCAGCCGGACCAGCAGCAGGCCGCGUACCCCCAAGUCAUCGUUCCUAUGCCCCAGCAGCAACACCCCGAACCGCACAUGCCGGUGCCGGUGCCUCCUCCCCACGAUUUCAGCAAGCCCCCGCCGUAUUCGCCGUAAGAUGGAUGGAUGUAUUUGUUUUUUUGUUUAAGAAAACAAAACAAUUCUCGGAUCUUCGGUCGAUAUAUGGUGGACGGAAAUUUGUUUGUAUAAAAAAAAAAAUAAUAAUAAUAAUGUAGAUAUCUGCAUAUAGUCAUAAUAUAUUAUAACAGAUAGUUUCAAUGGAGACGUAGUCUUUUUUAGUGUAGACAAAGACUGGAGUGGCUGUGUUCCUGUUCGACUUUAAACGAUUAAUACAUAAAUGAGAGUAUAUUAUUUUGAUUUGUUAAAAAUUACACUAUCAUCGUGCACCGGCGACGACUUUCUCGUUCUUAAGAGUUCUCUCUAAUUUAGAGAAAAAUCUUCCUUAUUAUAAAUUACUUUAAAUACAUGAUAACUUCUCUCCUAUAUAAUAUGUACUAUUUGUUAUGAUUUUUAAGUGAAAAUGUUUAAUAGUAAUAAUAUUGUUUGAACGUUAACUUGUUUUAUAUUAUUAUGUAUAACGUACGCGUACAUCAGUGUAACGGGUUGAUUUUUAAUAUUGAGUUUUUAAUAACAAUAAUUAUUUUGUAUUGAUUGUGCUAAGAAUAAGUAUUAUUUAUUUUUUUAUCGUUGUACAUAUAUUAUCUAUCAUCUAUAUAAAUAUGUAUCAUAAUAUAUAACUUACGAUAAAAUAUUGAUUGUUUAAUUAGGUAUUAUAAUAAUUGUAUAAAUGUAACUUUUAUGAUAAGUUUUCACCAAACACACAUGUCGCAUUGUAUCAAAUUUUCGAUGAAAUAUUCGAUUUGAAUCGUAGUUUUUGUCUUAGUGGUGUUAACUGCUGAA